ACCUCACAAUACACUGCAUCCAUCCUCGCACCUUCCCCUAAAUCCCUCACUUUCUCCCUUUUCAAUUUCUAUAAGAACUUCAUCUUCUUCCUUUUUUUUCUUCAUCCAAAUCUCACUCCAAUCUUGUUUUCAGAUCCGAUCGGAUCAAAUCUCGAGAAUUCGGCCAUGGUUAGCCACGAUCUCAACAACAAUCACUACAAAUCCAUCAAAAUCCGUGAAGUUUGGGCCUCCAAUCUCGAAUCUGAGUUCCAGUUGAUCCGCGAUUUGAUCGAUCACUUUCCUUGCGUUUCAAUGGACACUGAGUUCCCCGGAAUCGUUUUCACCGCUCCAACCGCGCCUUUCAACGCUCUAAAUCGCUCCUCCUCUGAUCAUUACAAACUCCUCAAAUCCAACGUCGAUGCUCUCAAUCUCAUACAGAUCGGUAUCACUCUCUCCGAUUCCGAUGGAAAUUUACCAGAUCUCGGUACCGAUGAUAGCCGAUUCAUUUGGGAGUUUAACUUCAUGGAUUUCGAUCUAGCGCGUGACAUCUACGCGCCUGAUUCAAUCGACCUUCUCCGCCGUCAGGGCAUCGAUUUUGACCGGAACCGCGUGGAAGGAAUCGACUCGUGCCGAUUUGCCGAGUUGAUGAUGUCGUCGGGACUCGUUUGUAAUGACUCAGUGAGUUGGGUGACGUUUCACAGCGCGUAUGACUUCGCGUAUUUGAUUAAGAUUCUGACUCAGAAGAGCCUUCCUAAUCGGCUGGAUGAAUUCCUCGGCGUUCUAAGGGUUUUAUUCGGGGAUAACGUGUACGAUGUGAAGUACAUGAUGCGGUUCUGCAAGAGCCUGUACGGCGGGUUGGACCGGAUAGCGAAGAGUUUGAAUGUGAACCGGGCGGUUGGGAAGUGCCAUCAGGCCGGUUCGGAUAGUUUGCUGACGUGGCAUGCGUUUCAGAAGAUGAGGGACACGUUUUUUGUACAGAAUGAGGUGGAGAAACAUGCGGGGGUGUUGUAUGGAUUGGAGGCGUUCUGAAAAAUAGAAAAAAAUUAAAUAAAGUAAUUUUAUUUAUUUAUUUA